UCCUCAAGCAUUCUCUUAAUUGGAAUUGAACGCAGUCGAUCGCAAUUGAAACUUUAACAAGACCAUCCCCUUAUAUACUCGAGACCUACUCACUUGUGACAGUUACGCGAUUUGGGUCAGACAUCCGCAGACUACAGUUAGAAGAAGUGCUUUUGGGCUUGUCUGAGAGAAAACAACAAUGGGGGGGAGAGGCAGAGGAAUGGCAGCCUUCUCCUUCAGGGUGGAGAACCUGGGCAUCACCAGGGGCAACAUGCCAGAUGCCAGAGGGGGGCCUAAAGCGCUUUAUCCAAUACUGGAGUUCAAACCUGUGCCCCUGGAGCCAAGCCACGGCGAUGACUACAUGCUGGCCCUGAAACAGGAGAUCAGGGGCACUAUGCGUCGGUUGCCAUGUUAUCUGAAGGCUAAUGCAGCCAAGUCUGGAGUGGAGAAGUAUAAGGAUAAGUAUGCAAAUGAAUUAAAAAAAAAUCAGGAAGAGCAGUGGACACCAGAUUGGGAGCGCCUCCCAAAAGAGCUGAUGCCAAGGAAGAACUUGCCAAAAAAGAAGUCGGAAUUAAAGAAGAAACCCCCAAAACUGACCAGCCUGGAAAAAGACAGUGUGCUGUCAAGAUUAAAUGAGCUGGAGAAGACGGACAACGUAAUUGCAGAUGAAGAGAAAGAGGAAAAAGAAAAGGAAGAAAAAAAGAAAGCCACUGAAGGUGAUGAGGAAGAGGGAGAGGAAAUUGAAGGAGAAGAGUUGGAAGACGAAGAACUUGAGGAGGAGAAUGACUACAUUAACAACUACUUUGAAGAUGGUGAUGAUUUUGGGGCUGGCAGUGAUGACAACAUUGAUGAAGCUACAUAUUAAAGUCAUCCGUCAUGGUAUAUUUGUGGUAUAAUAUGUAUGAAUGUGCCCUGUAGAGAAAGUGGAGCUGGUUAAAUGAAUCUGAUUUAUGUUAUAGAAUGCUUAUGAAUAAAUACUAAAUUGAUUGCUGUAACAUGACUUCAUAAUUAAAAUAGUU